AUGGAGGUCUUUGGGGGUGCCAAGGACGCCCAGCCCCUGGUGUUACCAGGGGACCCUGAGGAUGCAGAGGGCCAUGUGAUUCUAGGGGGUCCCGGGGGCCCCUGUGAUUCCGGUGGUCCUGGAGCCGCCAGGGGUCCUGGAGGUCCCGGUGACUCGGGGGGUCUUGAAAUUGUAAGGGGGUCCCUGUGGCUCGGGGGGCUCCCCGGGAGGUCCCGGGGGUCCCGGCGGCCCCGCCCUGCGUCGGGCCCCAGGUGCGCAAGGGGCGGAGCCUCCGGGUCUGGGCGUACUCGCCCCGCCUCCCCUGUUACCAGCAGCCAAUGGGGAGGCGGCGGGAGGACAGGUCCCACCCUCCGCGCUUUUAAAGCCGCUCCCCGCGCCCAGCGCCGCCAGAGAGGGGAGUGCCCGCCCGGCCGCCAUGCACUGACCGCCCGGUCUCGCUCGGAACGGCCCCGAGCUGACACCAUGAAGCAGCUGAUCAUUUGCACGCUGCUUCUCUGGGCCCCCAUGGGGCUGGCUGGGGCAUGUCCUGCGGGCUGCCAGUGCCAGGACCCCAAGACCAUCCUGUGCGCGGCCAGACGGGGCCACACCGUGCCUCAGGGGCUGCCCCCCAACACCCUCUCCCUCUAUGUCUUUGAGAAUGGCAUCACGACGCUCAACGAGGACAGCUUUACAGGCCUGCCCGCCCUCCAGCUCCUGGACCUCUCGCAAAACAAGAUCACCACCAUCCAGAGAAACAUCUUUCAGCCCCUGACAGAGCUUGUCAACUUGGAUCUGUCUUCCAACCAGCUGCAGGAGAUCACCAAUGAGACCUUCCACGGGCUGCGGCUGCUGGAGCGGCUCUACCUGCAGAAGAACAGGAUCCAGCACAUCCACGCUGCUGCCUUUGACACGCUGGAGAACCUGCUGGAGCUGAAGCUGCAGAACAACCAGCUCCGGGCUGUGCCCCCCCUCGACCUGCCCAACCUUCUGCUGCUGGACAUCAGCUGGAACAAGAUCUCCACCAUCACACCAGGGGCUUUCCAUGCUGUCAACAUCGAGUCCCUGAAGAUUGCAGGGCUGGGCUUGACCAGCUUAAACGAGGAGCUCUUCCAGGCCCAGAACAACCUCCACGAGCUGGAUGUCUCUGACAACCUGCUGGAGCAUGUGCCGGCAGUGCUGCGGCGACUCGGGAGCCUUACCAAGCUCAGUCUGGCUGGCAACACCCGCAUCUCCCAGCUGCUGCCAGAGGACUUCCACAACCUUCACAACCUCCAGGAGCUGGACAUCAGCAACCUCAACAUCAACACCAUCCCUCGGGAUUUCUCUGGCUUCUUCCCCAGGCUUCGGGCCAUGACAGCCGCUGGCAACCCCUUCAACUGCAUCUGCCCCAUGAGCUGGCUGGUGCAGUGGGUGAAUGCCAGCAGCGUGGUCCUCCGGCGGCCUGAGGAGACACGCUGCCACUUCCCUCCCAAAAACUCUGGCAAGCUCCUCCACCACCUGCAGUACUCUGACUUUGGCUGCCCCACUACCACCACCACCAUCACCACCACCACCACCACCACACCACGCACAACGACGCUGCCACCACCCGCACCAUUCCCCACCAGCAGCUGGCCUGUGCUGCAGCCCAGCACCGCUGCUCCCACAGCAGGGGCCACAGUCCCCCAGGCCAGCUCCACGCUGGUGCCCUUCAGUAGGCCACCAGCCCCCACCAGCGCCCCCCCACCCAUCUGUCCCCCUCGCACGUGUCUGAAUGGUGGCACUUGCCACCUGGGCGCCCAAAACCUCCUGGAGUGCCUAUGCCCAGCAGGCUUCACUGGGACGUACUGUGAGGUGGGGGCAAGGGGGACGACACCAGCCCUGGCCACGCCAGCCCCACCACCGAGCCGACGGAUCAGCAUCGCCCAGGUCAGCAGCACCUCCCUCAAAGUAGACCUGCAGAACUAUGUCCAGUCCAAAGCCCAGCUGAAGGGCAUCCGCUUGAGCUACCGCAACCUCUCUGGGCCAGACAAGCGGCCAGUGAUGCUGCGCUUGCCGGCGUCGCUCUCCGAGUACACGGUGCGGGCGCUGAAGCCCAACUGCACCUACCGCGUCUGCAUCGGGCCCUUGGGAGAGAAGGUCUCCAAGGAGGAGCACUGCGCUGAGGCGCAGACCUUGCCUGCCAGCCACCAGCAGCACUCGCCCGUCACCCAGAGCAAGGACAGCAACCUGGCCCUCAUGAUUGUCCCUGCGCUGGCCGCUGCGCUGCUGCUGGUGGUGGUGGUGACUGCUGGCAUGUACUACCGGCGGCAGCGCCGGGCCAAGGCGCACGCCGGCAGCGGGGUGGAGGCUGGCCCACUGGAGCUGGAGGGGGUGAAAGCCUGCCUGGAGAACGGGAAUCUGAGUGGCCAUGGCCACAAGGUGCCGGAGGCGGCCAUGCUUUCCAGCGAGUGUGAGGUGCCGCUCAUGCAGUCACACUACCCCAGCAACAACAACACCCCAGGGCUCAAACCCUCCUAUUUCUGAACCAGGUGGGAUGGGGCAGCCAGGCAAGACCUGGAUGGACAAGGGGUGAGCUCCAGCACCUGGCCAUGUUCCUCUGGGGUGAGGAAUGGUGAGGAGUUAACCAAACUAAGGCAGAAACCCCCAAACCCAUAAUGUGCAAUUUCCGAGAGGCUGCCAGGCAUUGGGAGGAGAUGCUCGUGUUCCCGUCAGUGCCUUGGUUUCUGUGACUCAACACAGAAUGUGGGCAGCGAAAAAGAGGGGGUUUGGGCUUUUAAUGUGGGGUUUGGCUGGGCUUUUUUUAGCUACUGCUAAAAGCAAAGCUGCGGUGACUCGGCUAAGGGACGCCCACGUGCUGGUAACAAGGGUCCUUUAGCAGAGCGUGGCCCAUGGCUGCCAACUCCCUGGAAGCCGAUGUGAACAAUCAGGCCUGGCCGAGGUGCUGGGACCCUCGGGACCUCCCCGGGCCGAAGGAAGCACCGAGCAGGCAAACCGGGAAUUGAAGCUUUACGAACUCGGAGAGGAUAUUUAUACACGGUUACUUCCCAUUUCUUCUGGGAAAACUCUUCCUUUUUGUCGUCGUCGUUCUAGUACAGGUUUGUGUACAGCUCCUUUUGUAAGGCAGACCAGAAGGGUGUCUUCUUUUUUGUAAGAAAAAAAUUAAAACACCACCAGUGAAAACCUCUGCGUAGCCCCGAGCGCUUCUGCAGGCGCUGGCCGUGGCAGGCAGGGGCACGGGUCCCCUGCGGUGGAGCAGGAAGGUCAGUCGCGUCCUCCCGUUGUUAUUGGCGAGCGCCGGGAUGAGUCAGGGUGGUGGAAGGGGGAGUUUCCCCUACUCUGAGCUUCUCCCUCCCCGGGUGCUGCCCCCGGCUGCGGGCGCUGAGGAGUUGUUCCCAAAACAGAGGCCAUGGGUGUUGAAUCGGCCCCUGCCCUGUGCAUCAUCCAGCCUUACUUCAUCCCUGCCUGCCUGCCAGAUGGCUCCGGAGCCAGCUGCGGGACAAACAGCCCAGCCCAACCUCUGUGACCUCCCAACACCACCCCCGGCGGCAGCGGCACCUCUAAAGGGAUACGUGUCAGCCUGCUUGGUGCCCCCAAAACAGGGGGUACAGCCGUAGCCACCCCUGCAGCGAGCCCCUGGCUCCUAGAACAGCCGCUUCCGUGCGCUGGCCCCGGCGGGGAGGGCUGGGAGCCGGCGCUCGGCAGGUUCCCGCUGCCAAGUGGGUUCUGCUCCAACCCUCUGGUUUUAAUCGUUUUCCAAUCCUUUAUCUUUCAGCCUGGAAUUUUCCAGGUUGGGGCCGUGCCCACCGAGGUAUGUUUGAUUUGGAGAGAAUGAGCAAAACCGGGCUGAAGUACAGCGGCUGCCGCCAGCCAAGCCGGGGGUCACCGCCGUGCCACGCGUGCUGCCGCCCGCACCGCCGGCUCUUCGGGAGGCCUUGCUCCGGUGCAGGAUUCGGCCCUGACCCCAGUCCCGCUCGCUCCGGGGCGGGAGGGAACGGCUCUGGAUGCAAUUAGGGGCGUGGAGUGUCGGCGGGGGCGUCUGGCGAGGCACCCCCCCAGCUCCCAGGUGGGCUUCCGGCAGGGCUGGCUCCCAUUAGGGCCGGCGCAGAGGCAGGAGGGGCCCCUCGCCGGCGCGGGCUGCUCGGUGCGGUGGCCACGCUUGCCUGCUCAAAGGGCCCAUUGUGGUCCUCUCCCCACAGAUUUUUCAAAUUAACAUCCCGAAUUCCUCUGAAAAUUGCUGCUGUGUAAAUAUUUUCGCUGCGAGCUUUGUAUAUUUUCCAGCCCCGCGAGGAGAAGAGAAGUCCCUGGCGGAGCUGUGGCCUCGUGCCUGGUGCCGCCAGCCGCUGCUGCCGCCCCCCGAGCCCAGCCGGGCACAGGGUCAGCCCUGGUGUGUCCCCCUAUGGGCACCGGGUGACAAGGGACCUCCAGACC